AUGUACAAAUGUCAUCUCAUUAACAGAGAGGAGAUGAACCUCUUCCAGCAGAACGCUUCGGCAUAUGUGAUCCAUGGACGGGACAUGAAUCUCUCUGAUAUGCCACCAGUGACACCCAGACAACUAAGAGUUUAUAUGCUCAUGGAGUCACCACAUCAUGUUGGAUCUGCCCUUUAUCGGUCAGGGGAGGUGGUGGAGAUGCAAUGCGCACACCAAUCGGCCAGUAGCACCCUUGCUCAAGAAUUUGGAGGGCUACGCUUGUUCUGGGACAAAGGAGGUACAGCAGACGCCACUAUGACGUAUAGACGAGACUCACGCUACUUCUACCCUUAUGGGCAAUUCGUGCCGUUAGCUGCUGAGGACAAGAAACAGCCUCGUUUGUUUGUAACACAGCAGCAAAUUGCCGACUCUUUGAAGAGGAAGACGAGAGGGUCACUUAUAUUUGUCUCGAAUUGCAGGACACCUUCGAAACGAGAAAAACUUAUCAAGGAACUAGGCCAACAUACUGAAGUAACGGUUAGAGGAAAGUGCGAGGAACAGUUCAGCGUCGGCAACGAAACGCGACGAUUCUCAUGCAAAGAAAACUGUGAUGACGAUGCCCUCAUAGCUACUCAUCGAUUUUAUAUUUCGUAUGAGAACAGCCUAUGUACCGACUACAUCACGGAAAAAUUCUAUCACAGGAUCUCACAACUACUGGUACCAGUUGUAAUGAGAAGAAGGAUAUACGAAGGUAUUGUUGCAAGAUGUAAUAUUUGA